AGUGCACCAUCCCAGAGCAGCUCUCCCUAGCCAAGCGCUGACAGGGACUGCACCUGUGUGGAGGUUCCAAGAACAUUGUUUUAGAAGAUGUGUGAAGAAGAGGACAGCACUGCACUGGUUUGUGACAAUGGCUCUGGACUUUGCAAGGCUGGCUUUGCUGGGGACGAUGCUCCAAGAGCGGUUUUUCCUUCCAUUGUGGGGCGUCCCAGGCACCAGGGUGUGAUGGUAGGCAUGGGUCAGAAAGACAGCUAUGUUGGUGAUGAAGCUCAAAGCAAGAGAGGAAUCCUGACACUGAAAUAUCCCAUUGAACAUGGAAUCAUCACAAACUGGGAUGACAUGGAGAAGAUCUGGCAUCAUUCUUUCUAUAAUGAGCUGCGUGUCGCCCCUGAAGAGCACCCAACUCUGCUUACAGAAGCACCUUUGAAUCCCAAGGCUAACCGAGAGAAAAUGACUCAGAUUAUGUUUGAGACUUUCAAUGUCCCAGCCAUGUAUGUUGCUAUUCAGGCGGUUCUCUCCCUCUAUGCCUCUGGGCGUACAACAGGGAUUGUGCUUGACUCUGGGGAUGGUGUCACACACAACGUACCAAUCUAUGAAGGCUAUGCGCUGCCUCAUGCCAUCAUGCGCCUGGACUUGGCUGGCCGUGAUCUUACUGACUACCUCAUGAAAAUCCUGACAGAACGUGGCUACUCCUUCGUCACUACUGCUGAGCGUGAAAUUGUCCGUGACAUCAAGGAGAAGCUCUGCUACGUUGCCCUGGACUUUGAAAAUGAGAUGGCCACAGCUGCUUCUUCAUCCUCCUUAGAGAAAAGCUAUGAGCUGCCUGAUGGCCAGGUGAUCACAAUAGGGAAUGAACGUUUCCGCUGCCCAGAGACCCUCUUUCAACCCUCUUUCAUUGGCAUGGAAUCUGCUGGCAUUCAUGAAACCACCUAUAACAGCAUCAUGAAGUGCGACAUCGAUAUCAGAAAGGACCUCUAUGCAAACAACGUCCUGUCUGGUGGAACCACCAUGUACCCUGGCAUUGCGGACCGCAUGCAAAAGGAAAUCACUGCCUUGGCACCCAGUACUAUGAAAAUCAAGAUUAUUGCUCCUCCAGAGAGAAAGUACUCGGUUUGGAUUGGGGGCUCUAUCCUCGCCUCUCUUUCCACAUUCCAACAGAUGUGGAUCAGCAAACAGGAAUAUGAUGAGGCUGGCCCAUCCAUUGUUCACCGCAAAUGCUUCUAAGUUUGCUUCCCCUUUUACUUUCUCUCGUAGGCACAUUAGCAGUGGUGUAUGCAGGAAUAAUUCCAGUCUUAUAGCCCCAUUCCAAUAUUCCAAAUAUCUUUAUGUUUCCAAUCAGAUUUACAUGGAGUAUUUGGGGGGGGGGAGAUAAAUCAUGACCAUGUUAUCAGUUAGAUGCUUAUGAUUUUAUUAAUAAAACACUUCCCAUUUUCCUUAUGGACUACAA